AUGCUGGCCAAGGCCAACGAGACCCCCGACGCGCCGGUGGCCAUGGCCAUCGUCGACGCCGGCGGCGAGAUGGUGGCCUACCUGACCAUGGACAACCUGCGGGUCUUCAGCCGCCGCCACGCCCGCCGCAAGGCCUACACCUCCGCCAUAAUAGGCCGGGACUCUGGCGAGCAUGCCGCCGGCCUGGCGGCCCAGGGCCGUGGCAUCGCCGACAUGGGCGACCCCGGGUUCACCUACGGCCAGGGCGGGCUGGUCAUCAUGAAGGAUGGCGUGAUCCUGGGCGGCAUCGGCGUGGGCGGCUACCCCAGCGGGCAGGCCGACGAGGACUUGUCGCGGGUGGGUCUGGAAGCGAUGAACCUGUAA